GGCAGAAGUUUGCUACACGCACGCAGAUGUCAGCAGAGUUUCUCAAUCUGUCACUCUGCUAGGUGGAGUCCGGCUGGAGGAAGGAAUAUCGGACACAGCAGACAUGGCUCUCUGACAACUCCUGUGAACCGGCUUCCUAUGAACACUUCACGCGAUAGUGGAUCGUUUUCACCUUUUAACCGUUAUACCUGUUCGUGAAUUGUGGGAACACCCACGCGCCUGAGUGUCAGAACUUUACCAUGCUAACCCCCGUUAGCCGCUGCUGCUGCUGCUACCUGACGUAGCUAUGCUCCUCCGUUAGACCUGACACCGCCUGCCGAAGGAGAGCUCAUUUUAUUAGGAUCUGCAGCUAUUAUCGCCUCAAAGUGAGAGGCAUUUUGACGAGUUUCUAACUUUCAGCAGACGAAGCUAUCAAUCUGUCACAAACAUGGGACUACACCCGCUGGAAUUCAGUGAAUGCUAUCUGGACAGCCCCUGCUUCAGGGAGAAAAUCAAAGUACACGAAGCAGAGCUGGAAAAGACCAACAGGUUCAUCAAAGAACUGUACAAAGAUGGGAAGAACCUCAUCAAUGCAACAAAACAGCUUGGCAUGGCUCAGCGGAAGUUUGCCCAGUGCCUGGGAGAGUUUCAGUUCGAGUACAUAGGGGAUGCAAAGACAGAUGAUGAGAAAUGUAUCGAUGAGUCUUUGCAAGAGUUCUCCUCAUUCCUCAAGAACCUAGAAGACCAAAGAGAGCUGAUGAUGAGAAACAUCACAGAAACUUUGAUGAAGCCUCUGGAAAAGUUCAGAAAAGAGCAACUUGGUACAGUAAGGGCGGAAAGAAAGAAGUACGAGAAGGAAACAGAGAAGUACUACAGCUCUCUGGAAAAGCUUCUCAAUAUGUCAGCAAAGAAGAAAGAGCCACAGCUACAAGAGGCAGAUGGCCAGGUGGAAACCAUGAGGCAGCACUUUCAGGAGGAGUCACUGGACUAUGUUUGCAAACUGCAGGAGAUCCAAGAGAGGAAGAAGUUUGAGUGUGUGGAGCCGAUGCUGGCCUUCUUUCAGACCGUCUUCACCUUUUAUCAUCAGGGCUUUGAGCUUGCCAAGGACUUCGACCAUUAUAAAAGAGCACUGCAGAUCAACAUACAGAAUACAAGAAGUCGGUUUGAGGGCACGCGGUCAGAGGUGCACGAGCUGAUGAGGAGGAUCAGGGAGGCACCUCAGGAAUACAGACAGACCAGCCCCAUCAGCUGUGAAGGCUACCUCUAUGUACAGGAAAAACGGCCACCUCCCUUUGGUUCUAGUUGGGUGAAGCGCUACAGCACAUUUGUCAAAGAGCAGAAGAUCCUGCACAUGGUGACCUUUGACCACAGAUCCGGUGGGAAGAUUGGGGAGACAGAGUCCGUCACGCUUAAAUCAUGCCUCCGCAAAACAACAGACAUGCUGGACAGGAGGUUCUGUCUGGAGCUCGACAUUACAGAUCGGCCCGGGACGGUGCUCACAGUACAGGCUCUGUCAGAGGAUGACCACAAGUUCUGGAUGCAGGCCAUGGGUGGGAAGGAACCUAUCGGACACUAUCUUGGGAGGACUUAUUCUAAAGAAAGAGGAAUUGACGCCCAGCUGGAUGAAGUUGGUUUGGAUUUCAUGAAGAACUCAAUCACUGCCAUAGAGACAAGAGGUAUUAAUGACCAAGGCCUGUACAGAGUUGUCGGCGUAAGCUCCAAGGUACAGAAGCUUCUCUCAUUAAUGAUUGAUGAGAAGAGCAACGAGGUGGAUCUGUGUACCAGCGAGGACUGGGAUGUAAAGACGGUAACAAGUGCACUGAAGCUUUAUCUGAGGAGCCUGCCUGAGCCACUGAUGACCUAUGGACUUUACAAAGAGUUUAUUAGCCCUGCAAAGGGCGGUAGUCCAGAGUCUCGCAUCCAAGCCGUCCACUGCCUGGUCCACAAACUACCGGAGAGGAAUCGACAAGUCCUCGGGCUGCUUAUGAAGCAUCUGGCCAAUGUGGCUUCGCACAGUAAACAGAAUCUUAUGACCGUGGCCAACCUGGGCGUGGUGUUCGGCCCCACAUUAAUGAGGCCGCAGGAGGAGACCGUCGCCGCCAUAAUGGAUCUCAAGUUCCAGAACAUCGUGGUAGAGAUCCUCAUCGAACACAAUGAGAAGAUCUUUGCAGAUGCUCCCGAGUCGUGCCCUCUUUCACCUGCUGCCCCAGUAUUCUCCGCCCCCACAAGGCAGUCCAAGAAGCUGAGUCGGCAGAACCGGCCCCUGGCUGUCUACAACCCACAAGCCCUAGACAUUCAGAAUGUAUCAGCAGUGGGAGAUGGUUCCAACUUAGCUACAGAUGAGACUUCAAUGGGCAGCAAUGAGUCUGUGUCGUCCCAGUCAUCGUCAGCCUCGGCCUCAGAGACUUCUACAGAGAGGAGUGACCAUGCACCGCUGAAAGGCAGCCACAGCUCAGGGAGCAAUUCCAGGGCCCCCGAAGCAGGAGCAUCCUGGUCCUCUGCUGGAGCUCCAGGAGAGACUCAACCUGCUGCCACCACAGCUGCUUCUGACAAAGAAAAGCCUGAGGAGAGUGUCACCAGUAGGAAAGCCAAGGCAGUGUUCCCAUGUGAGGCUGAGCACGACUCUGAGCUCUCCUUCCAGGUCGGUGCAAUAUUCACAGCCGUGACCCAGUCCAGAGAGCCGGGGUGGCUGGAGGGCGAGCUGGAGGGAAGGAGGGGCCUCAUCCCUGAAAAUUACGUGGAGAUGCUGUAGCCCAAAAAAGUGGAAAUAUUUAUGGACUGUUUAUCACUUUCACCUGGAAAAAUACAAAGCAAUGACAAUCACACUAAAGCCUUGUUUCUCCAAAUCCCUAAAUUUCCCAAGUGGGUGACAGUAAAAAUUACUGGUAGAUUUUUUGAUGCAUAAAUUUAGCAUUUACUUCAUUUCACAUAUAUUUCUGUAGUUUGGCUGAGAAUCCACAUACAAUUCAGCAUUUGAAAUACAAAAUGGGAUUGCACUUAAAAUACUCUGCUGUAUACAAAGAUGCUGUAGCCUCCAAAGAUGCAGAUACCUUUGUUAGCAGCUCCAAAGGACGAGUGUCUCUCUGUUAAAGGCCAGUUAUACAUGGUAUCCAUGAGCUCCCGAGUCAAAGAAUGAUCCUCAAGAACUGUAAGGAUCGACGAAUGUCAGAACUCAAGCUUUGCUCAAGCCGUGUAAUGACAAAUCCAGCAGCUUUAGACCCUGUUUGACGAUGAUGCACAGUUUGUUUUUAGCUUCAGAAAGAUACUGUACUACCGUGCCUUAAACCACCAGCAAGCGUAACUGUGCGUACGGGUAAGUAGGGAAGUUGAGUGUUACUGCUUUAGCUUUUAAAAUGUUGCAUUUAUUUUAAAAAUAUUUGAAUAUUCAAAAUGAGGCACAUGCUAUUGUAAUUUUGUAUUUUAUUUAAUUGGCACAUUGAUUGCAUGACUUUCUUCUCAGUUUUAAUAUACUCUUUACUUUUUUUUGUUCUCGGUGCACUCCCUCUCUGAAACACAGGAACGCCUCUUUGAUGCCUAAAGAACCUCUUGUGUUAAACACUAGCGUCACACAGAGUCAGCAGAGGUAGAUUUCAUUAAAUAUCCAAACCAAGUGUUUUAUAUCUGUUAAAUGAUCUGUUUUGUUUUUUAAAGCUUAUUUUUUAACUGUGCUCAGCUGAGCAGAGUAAUGAAACACUCCCACGAAUCUGACAUUUUAGUUAUUGUUAUUUCAGUUUGAGUGUUUUUGGAAUAAUUGACAAAGUCCAAGUUCUAUCAUCAGUGAGACCACAUAUGCAGUAUUUCAAAGUAUUUCAGAGUUUUACACCCGUUCAGUGUAUAUAGCGUUAUGAUUCAAAGAGCAAUGACUGCCAAGUGUGUUUUACAAGUCUCUGUUGAGUCACGGACACAUUUGAAGUUUUCGUUGAAAUCAGUUUUAGCAUGUUCACCUGUCCUUUUUACAAUUCAUGGCUCAGCUGUUCAACAAGACACUUUCAUUUGUCCGAGAGCUUUGAUUCAGCAGACUGUGUUCAUUUGCAAUAAUUUAAAACAUUGAUUUAUGAUGUGUGUAAAGGGCCUUGACUUCUUUCAUUUUUAUACCUUGGGAUCUUCCUGAUCGAUGUUAAACAAAUAAAGAUUGUGUUGUACUUCA